GCUUAGGAGCCCGUCAGGUUGUUUUUCCUCAUUGGGUAGCCUCUCUAAAUUGCCUGACUCACUCGAUUUCUUGACGAAGCAAAAAAAUAAAUAAAUCAGGCAAUAUGCGGGACAGCCCUAAGUUGAAUUUCUGCGCGGAACGGAACAAAAGGACCCCCGCGCCAAAUUCAAGCGGACGAAGCGGAAAAGUCGCUGGAGCGGCUGCUGGUCAAGUCGGUUGGGAAGGAAAGCAGCCCUGCCUGGCGGUUGGAGGUGAAUAUAUUUGUAAUUUAUAGGAAAAUAAGCAGAAAUGUACAUCAGGUCAAUUGUUCUUGAAGGUUUUAAGUCUUACGCUCAGAGAACAGAGGUUAAUGAUUUUGACCCUCUAUUCAAUGCUAUUACUGGCUUAAAUGGAAGUGGCAAAUCAAAUAUCCUGGACUCCAUCUGUUUUUUAUUGGGAAUCACCAAUCUGUCACAGGUGAGAGCUUCCAACUUGCAAGAUCUUGUUUACAAAAAUGGGCAGGCUGGAAUUACUAAGGCUUCUGUUUCUAUCACUUUUGAUAAUUUUGAUAAGAAGCAGAGUCCACUAGGAUUUGAGAAUCAUGAUGAGAUAACAGUCACAAGACAGGUGGUGAUUGGAGGCAGAAAUAAAUACUUAAUCAAUGGUGUCAAUGCAAACAAUACCAGAGUACAAGAUCUCUGCUCUGUUGGAUUGAAUGUCAAUAAUCCUCAUUUUCUUAUUAUGCAGGGCCGAAUUACCAAAGUACUCAAUAUGAAGCCUCCAGAGAUAUUGGCUAUGAUUGAAGAAGCAGCUGGCACAAGAAUGUAUGAGUGUAAGAAACUUGCAGCACAAAAAACUAUUGAGAAAAAAGAAGCAAAACUCAAAGAAAUUUGCACGAUUUUAGAGGAAGAAAUCACACCCACCUUGCAAAAACUGAAAGAGGAACGAUCCUCCUAUUUGGAAUACCAAAAAGUUGUGAGAGAGAUAGAACAUCUGAACCGUCUGUAUGUGGCGUAUCAGUUUACAAUAGCUGAAGAAACCAAGGGACAUUCUGCUGAUGUGCUGAAGGAGAUGGAAAACAGCAUUUCAAAACUUCAAGAAGAGAUGACUGAAAAUGGGAAGAAAGUGAAGGAACUUAGCAAAGAAAUAUCAGAGAUGGAAAAGAAAAGGGAUCAAGAAUUUGGUGGUGCGCUCCAUUCUCUAGAGGAAGGUCUUGCCGAGAUUCAGAGAACUGAUACCAAAGUACAAAGUACCCUUGCUAUCAAAAAGCAAAAUUUACAAAGUGAAGAGAAAAAGCGGAAUGAAUUGGUUAAAGCCAUGGAAGAGGAUUCUAAAGCUUUAGCUUUGAAGGAAAAAGAAGUGAAGAAGUUGAGUGAUGCUUUGAGUGUUCUUCAAGAGGAAAACAGUAAAGACACUGAGGCUCUGGUUGCAGCACAGCAGCAUUUCAAUGCAGUGUCAGUUGGACUGUCCAGCAGUGAAGAUGGGGAAGAUGCUACUCUUGCUGGACAGAUGAUGACUUGCAAGAAUGACAUAAGCAAAGCAGAGACAGAAGCAAAACAAGCUCAGAUGAAACUGAAACACGCGCAGCAAGAGCUAAAGACUAAACAAAAUGGUAAAAAAAUGGAUGGUGGCUACAAGAAAGAUCAAGAAUCCUUUGAAGCAGCUGAGAAGCAGAAAGAGAAACUUGAACACGAAAUGAAGGAGCUCAACUAUGAAGAUAAAAAAGAAGAACGUCUUUUAGAAAAGCAAAAGGAGUUAUCCCGUGUGGUAAAUCGUUUGAGGGAAUCCUAUGAAACUUUCCUGGCCAGGUUCCCCAAUCUACGCUUUGAUUACAGAAAUCCAGAAACAAACUGGAAUGCAGAUCGUGUGAAAGGACUGGUUGCGUCUUUGAUUACUGUGAAAGAUGUUUCUACAGCAACAGCACUAGAAGUAGUGGCUGGUGGUCGACUUUAUAAUGUUGUGGUGGACACUGAGGUUACUGGAAAAAAGCUGUUAGAAAAAGGGGAACUGAAACGUCGAUAUACUAUUAUUCCACUGAAUAAAAUUUCAUCAAGAUGUAUUGGAAAAGAAACUAUCAAAGUGGCCAAAACCUUGGUUGGUGAUAACAAUGUUAAUCUGGCCCUUAGCCUGGUGGGCUAUGAUUCUGAAAUCCAAAAGGCAAUGGAGUAUGUUGGGCAGGCCUUGGUUUGCGAUAACAUGGAUAAUGCCAAGAGAGUCACCUUUGACAAAAGGAUAAUGACAAAAACAGUCACUCUAGGUGGAGACACGUUUGAUCCUCAGGGCACACUGAGUGGAGGUGCCCGGUCUCAAGCUGCUUCAGUUUUGUCCAAACUUCAAGAAAUGAAAGAAGUGCAAGAUGAAUUGAAGAAAAAAGAGGCUGAGCUACAGGCGACGGGAAAAGAGAUAGCAAGUCUACAGGUGACUCUUGAAAAGUAUCAUCAACUGAAGCAACAAUGGGAAAUGAAAUCUGAAGAAGCUGACCUCUUACAAACCAAGUUACAGCAAAGCACUUAUCACAAGCAUCAGGAAGAACUGGAUGCCCUGAAAAAAACCAUUGAGGUAAGUGAGGAGACUCUAAAGAAAACAAAAGAAGUGCAAAAAAAGGCUGAGGAAAAACUGAAAAUGCUGGAAAAUAAAAUGAAAAACGCUGAAGCGGAAAGGGAGAAAGAACUGAAGAAUGCCCAGCAGAAACUGAAUGGAGCCAAGAAAAAGGCCGAUGCUUCCACUAAGAAGAUGAAGGAAAAGGAACAGGAGGUUGAAGCACUUGUUUUGGAAUUUCAAGAACUAAAACAGGAAGCAGCCUCCUAUGACCAACAGAUAGAGGCUGUGAAUGAAGCCAUUAAAUCAUUCCAAGAACAAAUUGAGACCAUAUCAGCUGAGGUAGCAAAAAUAAGGUUAGAAUCUGUGAAGAAAGCACAAGAAGAACUGGCAAAGCAAAAAGAGAUGGUGCUAGCUCAAGAUAAAGCAAUUAAAGGCAAAUCUGCAGAAGCCGUAAAAUAUAAAGAACAGAAUAAUGAAUCGCAGCUUAAAAUUAAAGAGCUAGAGCACAACAUCAAUAAACACAAGCGAGAGGCUUUGGAUGCUUCAGCAAAAGUUUCUAAGAUGCUUGCAGACUAUGAAUGGAUAUCUUCAGAGAAACAUCUUUUUGGCCAGCCAAACACGGCUUAUGAUUUCAAAACCAAUAAUCCAAAGGAAGCUGGUCAGAGGCUUCAGAAACUGCAGGAGAAGAAGGAGAAGCUGGGCAGGAAUGUCAACAUGAGAGCCAUGAAUAUGCUUUCAGAAGCUGAAGAAAGAUACAAUGACUUGAUGAAGAAGAAGAGAAUUGUUGAGAAUGAUAAAUCUAAAAUUCUUGCAACAAUUAUGGAGCUUGACCAAAAGAAAAAUGAAGCUUUAAAUAUUGCAUGGAAAAAAGUAAAUGAAGACUUUGGAUCCAUUUUUUCCACCCUUCUGCCAGGAGCCAAUGCUAUGCUGUCACCUCCUGAAGGGCAGUCAGUCCUUGAUGGUUUGGAGUUUAAAGUUGCCCUGGGGAACACUUGGAAGGAGAAUUUAACUGAAUUAAGUGGAGGCCAAAGAUCCCUUGUAGCUUUGUCCUUAAUUUUGGCCAUGCUUCUCUUCAAACCUGCUCCCAUUUACAUCUUGGAUGAAGUGGAUGCCGCCCUUGAUCUUUCACAUACUCAGAAUAUUGGGCAGAUGCUUCGGACCCAUUUCAGACACUCUCAGUUUAUUGUAGUUUCAUUGAAGGAUGGUAUGUUCAACAAUGCAAAUGUAUUGUACAAGACCAAAUUUUUGGAUGGUGUUUCUACCGUGGCACGAUAUACACAGUCUCAGAACGGAAAUAAUGGAGCUGCACAACAAAGAGCCGAUAAACUAAGCAAGAAAGAAAAGAGACUAAAAAUACCAGUGGAUGCUUAAAAAUAUUUGUAGCUUGGUGGUUCGCUUAUAUUUUUAAAGAGAAAAUGGGAUGCAAUUAAAAUAUAGAAAUGCCUCUUCGUUAGCAUAGCAAUAUCGAUGUAUUAUCUCUAUAGAGCAUUGAGAUUCUCUGUACUCAACAUCUUGAGGUACAGAAGGGUUAAUCUGUAAAUGCAGCUAUUUUUCUUAAUCUAGAUUAGAAAUAUUUUAAAGACUUGUAAAUAUCUCUUCUAUUUUUUUUCUCAUUACAAAAAAGCUUGCACUUGUUUAAGAAACAAAAUCAUCCCCAUAAAAUGUACCUGUUUCCAUAAAGCAAACUACUUAUUGGCCAGGAAUGCACAACCAUAUAAAAUAAAUACUACAUAACCAGAAGAUUAUAAAAUUGUGUACUACUAUGUAACAUUGACUCUGAGUUCUGUGCUCUUGUUUUAAAUUUAAAUGUGUUUUUGUAUAGCAGCAAAAUCUGUCCUUAUAUAUUUGUAUUAGUAAUAAAAUCCUCUCAG